UGUGAACUCUAUGGCUAAGAACGGUGGUUGGUGGUAAUGCGAUGCACAAUGCUCUUGUAGGAGGUGUGAGAUGUUCAGACGCCAAAUGGAAAUAUUUAAUUCUGUGUGUGUUGAUUGCAAGAGGGAACGGAUGGAGAACACGCGAGCAAAAAGAAUGAAGUUAUUUCACGUCAGUCGGGUUGGAACGGUUGUGCGCAGCGCCGAGACCCAGCCAACGACCGCGCUGACCCGGCCUGCUCAGAAAUAACAAGUGCCGUCGUGAUGCCGCGGCCUCCAGCGGUCGGUCUGCGCAGAGGAAAGUUCGCUGAAAGGUUGCAGUGGGAAAUGCGAGCCAUUCAGUUCCGUCAGAGCCCCUUCCCAAAGUUUUGGCAGGAUGAGCAGCAGUGGAAUAAAGGAAUUGCUGGAGAGUAACCAUGGGCAGCUGGUGGAAUCGCUCAGUCAACAUGCAAAGAGUGUCAUAGAGAAGGCCAAGACUGUUCUCAACAGGGAGGAGCAGGAGCUUGUCGACAGCCGAGAAACCAAUGAGGAGAAAAUUUCAACGUUGUUAAAGACACUGUUUACUAAAGAUAAUAACACCUGCAAGGAUUUCAUUCAAUGGGUGAUCAUCACUAUGCCCUGUGACUCAUUCCCCAUGUGUCUGGAGAGCUCACUAAUGGCAGCUGGAGAAGACAAUGCCCAAGAUUUGGGACACCCAGACCAGACUGAAACUAGUGCCGAUCCUGCAACACAGCUUGAAGUCGAAUCAAGUGCAAAUGUUUCAGUUACUUUACGGAGAGGAAGAAAACGAUUGCCAUGCCAAAUAAAGAACCACCAUCCCUCUAGAGUGAAAAAAGCAAAAAUUGGGAAUUAUUGGGAAACAGCCAUUCGCAAAUCAGAUUCCUCAACCAAGGGAACCCCAGCUGUGUUUAACCCUGACCCUAUAGAAAUGGACCAAAUUCUGUACCCGUCAGGAGAAGAAUAUUUGAACUUGCCGGCAAUUUCAGAUUCUGCUGAGGAUUACAGAACAUUAAUGAUAAAGACUAUCCUGCAGAAACACGAAGCCAGAAUUGCAAAAGAAGAGAAAAUGAAACAAGUCACCCUUGCUCAAACUUUUCGGAGUCUAAACAUGAAGGACGGAAAUGUGACCAAACUCAAAGAGAGAAUAGAUGCUAGCCGGGAUGAUGUGCUCAGUCCACAUGGAAUUGAGGAAAACGAGGACACAGUUGCAAACUUAGCAGAGUUUCUCAACAAUAAACUCAUUUCCAAUUGCAAAGUCAAUAUCCUGCUGGGAAAAGCAGGAACUGGGAAGACCAAGUUUGUACACAAAAUUUGUUAUGAGUGGACUAGAGGAGCUAUCAGUCAAUUUCAGUAUGUAUUUCUGUUUGAGUUUCGUCAACUGAACUUAACCAAUAGGAACAUUGAUCUGAAGACUUUGUUAUUCGAUUUGUUCCUCAAACCAGAAAGGAAUGCCCUCGCUGUAUUUAGGUUUUUAAUAGGAAACCCGCAGAAGGUUCUGAUUAUUUUCGAUGGCUUUGAUGAGUUUGCAGCGAAAGCCUCCAUCUGUACUUCGGCUGUUAAUAGCAACCCCAAUGCACAACUAUCAGUGGGAGAGUUAUUUUCCAGCCUGCUUACUGGGAAGAUGCUUCCUGGAUGCACAGUUCUCAUAACUUCCAGGCCCAAGGACAUUCUCUGCUUACCUUUGGAUGUUGUGGGCCAUGUAGGGGAAGUCUCAGGGUUUAACCAACAUAAAAUCGAAGAAUAUGCCAGUCAUUUCUUUGAAGACACUGAACACAAUUAUAAGUCUAUCUCUCACCUGCAGAAGAAUGGGAAAAUUUUAAACAUGUGCUACAUCCCUGCCUUGUGCUGGGUUGUUUUUCUUUGUCUUGAACACUUGUUUUCUCAAAGCCCUUUAGAACCCAAGCUACCUCAUACAAUGACACAAUUCUACAUAAAGAUGCUAACGGUUUUUUUAAACAAGGAUGCCAAGAAUACAGAGGCCCAUGGUCAGAUUGAAAACAUGCUGCUAAACAAAUACAGAGAGGAGAUUCAUGGGUUGUGCAAUCUUGCAGUUAAAGGGCUGCAGGAGAGCAAGUCUGUGUUUUAUUUAAAAGACCUUCUUUCUGAGAAGGUCACCAUAUUUGCUUCCUCAUUUGGAUUUCUUUCUACGUUUGAAGUGAAAACUAUUGACCACAACCCAGAGAAUGGAUAUGCCUUCAUCCACCUGACGCUCCAAGAGUUCCUGGCUGCACUUCAUCAAAUGAUUGACAACCAGACAACUGAUCAAAUGAUAAAAAGCAAGUUUUACCUUAAAUCCAAAUGGACCUGGAGGAAUGAUGCAAAGAAUGAGUUCGCCGAUGCUGUUCACAUAUUUCUGUCUGGCUUAGCUUCGAAAAAGUGUAAGUCGUUCCUCAGCAUCCUGGCAAACAAGAACGAGACGUGGGUGCAAAAGAAGCAGAAGGCCAUCUUACUGAAUCUGCGGAAGUUGGCCACCACCAACCUCACUGGACCAAAAAUCAUCGAGCUCUGCCACUGUGUGUAUGAGACACAGAACUGUGACCUGGCAAGGGAUGUGGCAUCGCAGUUAAGAUACAAGUUUGAGCUGCGUAACUUCAGGCUGACACCAGCAGAUAUAACUGUUCUAACUUUUGUUAUAAACAGCGGAACCAGCUGUGCAUCUGUAGAUAUUGGAGGUUGUGCCUUGGACCUAGAAUGUGUUACAGUCUUGGGCACUUGCAAGAAUUUAGAAAUUUUAGUGUUCAAAAGCAGGAAAUAUGAGGACAAAUUUGCUCAAACGUUAUCUGAAGUUAUUCCUAGAGUCAACAGCCUGAAGAAACUUAUCCUUACAUCUUGCAGUAUUAGUGUGAAAGGAGCAAGCGCCUUGGCUUCUGCACUGGGAAUCUGCCAGCACUUGGAAGAAGUAAACUUGCAUGAUAAUGAGUUGGGAGAUGCUGGGAUAGAGAUGAUUCUUAACGUGCUUCCUCAAAUGGAUCACUUGGGAAAAAUUGAGUUGGGUGGCAAUGACAUUACAUCUGAGGGUAUUCUUAAGAUUGCAAAUGUUUUAACGACUUGUUCAAAUGCCUUGGAUAUCCAAGUCAGUGAUGCUGGGAAUGUUGCAACAAUUAAAUUUGCAUCAGGCUCAACAACCAUCCUGAAUAACAGGUCUUCCAAGUCUUUAUUAUUUCCUAUGAAAUCAGAAGGCGGUCACGAGGUAGUUCUGAGAAGACUCAGUCUAAUGAACUGCAAAUUAAAAGAGCAGCAUGUACAAUCUCUCAGCCAAAUCUUGCCGCACAGUCCUCAACUGGCAUGUCUCGAUUUGUCUGGCAAUGAAUUAGAAGAUCACGGUUUGAGAAGACUUGUCAAGUGCCUUCCAGAAUUUAAUAUUUCCAAAUCAAUUAACCUCAGCGAGAAUGGCUUCUCUGAAUCGGGUGUUCUCUGCUUGGUCACAGUCAUGAAGGAGUGCCCCAACGUGCUGGAAAUAGAAGUGAGCCUGAAAUCUCGUCAGAUUGUAUUAAUUAAGUUUGCAGAAUACUGUGAAGAUACAGACUACAGAGAUGAUCUCAAUACCCAGCUGAUGCAUUCUAGACUGAGUACCAUUGGCAAUUCAAAGAUCAAGCCAACACCACUGAGAAAGCUAAGUCUGACCAGCUGUUGCUUUCAACCGGAACAUCUGGAGGAACUGACCUCCACACUGGAGCAUUGCAGUGACCUGGCAGAACUGGACUUAUCUGAUAAUGCACUUGGAGACAGAGGAUUCAGCAAGUUAGUUGAGUUGCUGCCAAAGCUGCAUGUUGGAAGACUCAUAAAUGCCAGCAAUAACGCCAUCACCAUGGCGGGAGUCUUUUGCUUGCUUAGUUACAUGAACGAGAUCAAAAACUUAAGGGAGGUGGCAGUAAGUACGGGGAAGAGUGGAAAAGCAUUAAUCAAGUUCCAGGGGGAUCACAGGUUUCACAAGAAAAGAGAAAUGCAAGAAAUCUUGUACAAAGAUAUAUAUGGAAAACAAUGUUUACAUCUCACAAAGAAAAUAAGCCUGGAAGAAUGUGAAAUGGAUGGUGAGGCCAUGAAAAAGCUCUGCUUGAUCCUUAAAAUGUGUCCUGCACUUACAGAGCUUGACAUAUCCAAUAAUGCACUGAGUAACGAAGCUAUUGGGGAGUUACUACAUCACCUACCAUAUCUAGAGGACUUGGAGACGUUGAAUAUCAGCAAUAAGAGCAUCCCUUCAGACACUGUUCUUCUGCUGGCCAAGUCUCUGAACAUUUGUGAAAAUGCUCAGGAAGUUGCAGUGAGAGCAAAUGGGAGAGUCUCAAUAAACUUCAUGAAGAAGGGCUGCAGACUUGAAGGAAAUGGGAAGAAAGCAGAACCCCUAAGGAUUCUCAGCUUGAGGGAGUGUAAUCUGUAUAAAAUGAGCGUGGAACAGCUUUUCAAGAUUCUUGAAUGCUGCAAGAACCUGGCAGAAGUGGACUUGUCCUGCAACUUACUUGAAGAUGAAGGAGUACAGAGUCUGCGUGACUUCUUACCAAAUCUGCAGUUUUUGAAACUGUUAGAUGUCAGCAACAACAGAAUCUCCCCGGCUGGUGUUCUGUACCUGGUGGAAUCCCUCAAUACAUGCAAGCAUAUGGUGGAGGUUGAAGUGAGUUUGGCAUCAAAUGGAAGAUCAUUUCUAAGAUUUGCAAAGCAACGUGAGAAAAAGGCAUGCAGGGUGAAGGAAUGCCAACUGAAAAAGGAAGACCUGUCGGAGUUUUUCUCCAUUGUUGAACAGAGCACCUAUCUGACAGAGCUAACGCUCACUAACAACAUAAUGGGGGAUGAAGACGUGAGAAGUCUGGUGAAGGUUGUGAAUGGUCUCAAACAUCUGGAAGAGCUCAAUCUACAGAAGAAUGGGAUUUCUCUUGCUGCUUUUGAAAACCUUUGUGUGGCACUGAAUUAUUAUCGUAAAACAUUAACAGUAAGGUUUGAAGAGCUAUGGAUACAUGGUGCAGAUUCUGCUAACCUUGUUGUGAAGUGUGUCGAAACCUGCCUGAAUAUUGUGGAAAUUAGGAUAAAGGCAAACCAAGCUUUAAUAAGGCUAAUGGACCGUGAUUGCCGAACUUCUGAUAGCACCAGAAUGGACAAAACAGUGUCCUAUCCUUCCCUGAGAUUACUCAGUUUGCAACAGUGUGGAAUCGAAGCACCCCACCUUGUACAACUUUCGUCCAUCAUUAAACAAUGUCCCAGUUUAAUGGAGCUGCACCUGUGCCAAAACAACUUUGGUGACAAGGGGGCAGGAACACUGGCUGAAUCCCUUCAGGUUAUCCAGGGACUGAGAAUUCUCAGCCUAGAAUCCACCAACAUAAGCAACAUGGGCAUGGUGCUGCUAACAGCAGGUCUUUGUAAAUGCCGCAGCCUUGAGGAGUUAAACUUGUCACACAAUGAAAUGGGGAUGGAGAGUGCCAGUGAACUAGGAAAAAUCCUUCCAGGCCUGCAACAACUGAGGAUAAUCAACUUGCCUGGAAUAACUGCAGCUGCGAGCUUGAUGGAGACCAGUGUUUUGGCAAGAGGACUCAGUGACUGCAGCCACCUGGAAGAGAUAAAUUUGGAUUCCUUGCUGCUCAGAGACAGUGGAACACAGUUGUUGGCUGAAGGGAUACCAAGAAUGAAAUGCUUGAAAAAAUUAAAUCUGAAGUCUAACUUCAUUGGCCGCAAAGGGGCAGUGGAACUGGCAGACAGUCUGAAAUUGAGCACUAUGAUUGUAGAAAUCAAUUUGUGUGACAACAGUAUAGAGGACGUAGGAGCAAUGAAACUGGCUGAUGUCCUACCCGGUUUGAAGAGUUUGAAGAUACUGAAUGUGACGCAAAACAACAUGACAGCGACCGGUGGACAGAGACUGGCAGAAGCUCUCCGACUGUGCCCAUCGAUGGAAGAGGUUCAUUUGUCGAGGAACAAGUUCGGUGAUGAAACUGCAAAGAAGUUCGCCAAAGCCCUUCCAGAGAUGCAUUGUCUAAAGAUUGUGAACCUUCACUGCUGUGGCAUUGGCACGGAUGGUGGAUUAAGCCUAGCACAGGGCCUGGUGUUCUGUCCGACCCUCAGAGAAAUAAGCCUAGCUGAAAAUGACAUUGGGACUGAAGGAGUGAUGGAGCUUGCUCUGGCACUGCAAAGCUUGAAGUCUUUAAAGAAGCUGAGCCUUCAGCUGAACAGGAUAGACAACAGCAUGGCUAAAGAGCUUGCAGCCGGCCUUCUCUUCUGUCCCACUAUUGAGGAAGUCAUCUUGUCCUGGAAUAACGUCAGCGACGAGGGGACAGCAUGUUUGGCUGAAGUUCUACCCAGAAUGCAGAGCUUAAGGAAACUUGACCUGGAAGGAAACAAAAUCACAUCUGCAGGAGCAGAGAAAUUGGCAGCCAGCCUUAGGCAGUGCUCUUCCAUAGAAGUCAUUCGAUUGUGGAAGAACAACAUACCCAAGGACAGAGCACAGAACCUUCAGGAACAGGAUUCAAGAUUGAAUUUCUUCUCAGUUUACAGCAGUUCUCUAUGACACUGGGACUUCGUCCAGGGUUGAAGUUCAAUCGUUCGAGUGAUGAUUCCGUCCCUCUCCUACCCCACCAAGUAGAUGGUUUCUCCUCCCCCUCCCUCAACAGUGCUCAUGCAGUAUUAAUAUGACUAUUUUUGCACUACUUCAAGCACUUCGAUUUCAUAAUUUUAAUAUUUAUUAUUUUAUUUUAAGACCUUUUGUACUGUUGUUACCACAUCACAAUUUUGCAGUUAUGUAAAUAAAGUGUUGUUUAUU